CAAAGAACAAAACCUCUCUUGCAACGGCAUUCAAUGCCUCCGGCUGAGGGACCGGGGCGGUUGUCAAUAUAAGUUCGGUGAGACCACAGGCUCUCAUCACGUUCACUCCCACUCUUCCUGUCUGCAGUCUCCUUCAACCAGCCGUGCAGGACCGCGCGCUUUUUGGACUUCUCCAGUCGAAACCUUCACGUUUGAUACGUCUUUGAGAAUCAUGCUGGCCGAUCUUUCGAAAGCCACCACCCUCUACCUUACACCGAUCCUAAUGCUUACAGCUGUAUUCCUCAUACUUUUUGCAUACCUCUCACCCGCUGCCAUGCUCCACGGCCAGGUCGCCCUCCUUACAGUGACACCAUCCACCGUAUUGACUCAGCCAGGGUCGAAUCAACAAGUGGAUGGUCCCACACUGUUUGCGGGACUGCUAGGAUCAUGUUCGAAGCCUAACAAUGCUGCGGGGCUCACCUGCGCCAUGCCCUCUAUUACCCCAACCUACAAUAUGUCAGUGUUCACUUCCAAUACUCCCAGUUCCGUUCUAGCAGCCCCUCCUGCAACGACCCCGGCGUUCCUCGCUGUUGCACUAGGAUUCACAAUCGUCUUCUUCGUUAUGUAUACUGCCAUAUCCUUCCGACACUUAAUGGGGAAGGCAGGAGGUUACUGGGAGAAACCAGUUGUGCAAAGGGUAUCUGCCUGGAUUGGGAUCUGUUCCUUCUUGGUUGGCCUUGCAUCUUUCCUUAUAAUUCGCAUGUACUUCGGAAAGGCGGUCUCUGACUUUAAUCAAAGUAUCCAAGGGCAAGGGACUAACGGGCCUCAACUCAUCGCAAAUACGAGCAAUGCCUUUACCAUGGUCUGGGUUGGAUAUGCAUUCUUUGCCAUUCCUGUCAUCGUCUCGCUGGCAAAGUUGCAUGUUCUUGCAACGAAAUAAUGCAUGACAUUUUACGCGUACACUGAGCAUGUAGACUUUUCAAAGACGGACAUCAAGCACACUAUUUUAGUUUUUUUUUUUUGGAUGUGGUAUUAGGCAUGUAUGUAGUAGGACUUUCAGACGCCCUGCAUAAUUUUGGUCGGCGCCUGAAAAACUCGCUGAAAAGAUUUUAUUUUUCACUCAAAC